UCGAGUUAAAUUUAAAUGAUAUCGCGGACGUCGUGCCGGUCCCGUCUCGUACGCUCGCCGACAUGAGACUAAGUCGGGGCAUAGUGUGCGAGUGUGCAGGUGUGAGCGCGUGCCCCGACGGCGCUCCGAACGGCACCUGCACCACGCAGCCCGGCGGCUACUGCUUCGUCACCGUCGAGGAGUUGUACGACGAGAAUGGGCUUAUGGUUCCCGAGCGGACCGCGGGCUGCCUGCCGCCUGACGAGUCCGGUUUUAUGCAGUGUAAAAGUUCACAAGUACCGCAUCAAACCCCGAAAGUAAUACAAUGCUGCGAGAAGGACCUCUGCAACCGGCGGCUGCACCCGCAGCUCCCGGAGCCGCCGCCCGACAUGGCGGACGCGCCCCCCGCGCCGCCCCCCGCGCACACCGCUCUGCUGGCCGCCGCGCUUGGCAUUGCACUUCUCGCCUUCUUUGCCGCCUUCUGGUUACUGCUCCGGAGGCGGCGACGCGGUUGCAAGCGACCCCCCUCGCCCCCCGCCCCCGCGACCCUCGCCGACGUCUCUUCGGGCUCCGGCUCCGGACUGCCCCUACUGGUCCAGCGCACCGUCGCCAAACAGAUACAGAUGGUCGAGUCCAUCGGCAAGGGCCGCUACGGCGAGGUCUGGUCCGCUCGCUGGCGCGGCGAGAAGGUCGCAGUCAAGGUGUUCUUCACCACCGAGGAGGCCUCCUGGUUCAGGGAGACCGAGAUAUAUCAGACGGUGCUCAUGCGACACGAGAACAUCUUAGGGUUCAUCGCGGCCGACAUCAAGGGGACCGGCUCGUGGACUCAGAUGCUACUCAUCACGGACUACCACGAGAACGGCUCGCUGUACGACUACUUGCAGACGACCGUGCUCGACCCGCAAUCGUUCGCGACGAUGGCUUACUCGAUAGUCAGCGGCCUCGCGCACUUACACAUGGACAUAUUCGGCACCAAAGGCAAGCCGGCGAUCGCGCACCGCGACAUCAAGAGCAAGAACAUCCUCGUGAAGAGGAACGGCCAGUGCGCCAUCGCGGACUUCGGGCUCGCCGUGCGCCACGUGGCCGAGCGCAACGAGGUGGACAUCGCGCCCAACACGCGCGUGGGCACGCGGCGCUACAUGGCGCCCGAGCUGCUGGACGAGCGCCUGGACGCGGCCAACUUCGAGGCCUUCAAGAUGGCCGACGUGUACUCGCUGGGGCUCGUGCUGUGGGAGCUGUGCCGGCGCUGCGCGGCGCCCGGCCCGGCGCCGCUCGUGGAGCCCUACGCGCUGCCCUACCACGACCGCGUGCCGCCCGACCCCAGCUUCGAGGACAUGCACGCCGUGGUGGUGGCGCGGCGCGAGCGGCCCCCCGUGCCGGCGCGCUGGGGGGCCGCCGGGGGGGCGCUGGGCGCCGUGGCCGCGCUGCUGGCCGAGUGCUGGCACCACAACCCCCCCGUGCGGCUCACGGCGCUGCGCGUCAAGAAGACGCUGGCGCGCGCGCGCUCCGAGGACGCCGGCAAGCUCGUGUGACGCGGUGUGACGCGAGGGACGUGACGUCAGUGUGACGCGGUGCGACGCCCGACCGACCGCCGUCGUAUAUCUCAGUAUUGUUAAGUUUAUUCCUCCCGAUUUCGAUCCCGUUCUGUCGAACCUGUCCAGAAUCUCCUGUUUUGAUUCGUUUGUUUUAAAUUGCCGUUUUAUUUUAAUUUUUUAUAAUAUUGUUAACUUUCGUAUUAUCUAGGAUAAGAUGUUCGUGUAAAAUAUGAAAAUUGUCUUCCGUUUCGAUAGGCGACUCGCUCGAUGGCAGCUCGGUGGGGAAUGGUCGUGUACGUGAAUACUCAGCUCUGGCGAUCCGGUCGAGAUUUAAUACGCGACGUGCAUUGUGAUAUUUCGACAAUAAGAGAAAUUUUAUUUUGUAUCAAAUUGCCUCGUGACCGUCUGGAGUCAAAAGUUGGCGAAUGUCCGCAGAUGAGAUCGCAUAUCGGUUCGAUAGUACUUAAAGUGACAGAGACUAAUAUUGUGGGAAGUAUUAGCGAUAUUGUCAAGUGCAGUGUCUUAUGAGAUGCCUUCGAUUAGUAUUAAAAUGAAGUUUUGUAACGCGACGCUCUCGGUUGCAAACUUGUUUUUUAAACGAUAAGUGAUAAAAUCACUCAAGACUGCUUCACUAAGACUUAAUGUUGAUUGUGUAUGACAUGCUAUAUUUUUCUAGUUCCUAAUGUCAUAGAGAAUCAGUUGACGUACCUACGUAAAACUCAAAAUAAAAUUAAGAUAACAAAAGAUAUGUAUGUAUCGAAAAUGUAGUAGAGGUAAUGAAGAUAAAACUGUGUAUCUGUCGAAAAGCGUCAUACAAGUGACGCUGCGGGUAGCCUUGAUACUAAUUUAAACUUGUCACAACAGAUGGCGCUACCAUCGCAUCGCAAAAAGUCCCCUCACUAUUGUGGUCAAGAAAAAAAUUAAAUUAUUUUAAUCAACAUACUUCAGUUUAAAUAUUUGAACUCAGAACACUUAACUCAGUUAGUUCAUAUUGUAGUUUUUCUUGAGCCAGUGUCAUUAAGGUGAAAUUUUAUAUUUUUGCAGUUUACCGCUGGAAAAUUUUUCAAUUGAUUCUCACACACAAGUCGUUCUUCCUUAUCUCUACUCUUCAUAGUGUUUAUAUGUUAUGUAAAUUAUAUUGUAAUAUUAUAUUAAGAUUGAAACAAAUAAUAUAUGAAAUGGAGUUUGAAACCGAGACAUCGCUAGCAUUUAAUGUGCGUCCGCGCGCCUGUACAGUGUUGUGUAUAUAUAGCGUUAGAUAGUACCUAAUACAUGUUGCUAAUUAAGUUACAAAUAAAUAUUAAUGGACAAAC